GUUUGUGUCAAGUGACAGAUGACAGACAACAAAAACCUAAAAAUAUUUUAUUUACUAUCAUCAUAGUGAUAUAUCAAGUGAAUUUUGUGUUGUAUAAAAUAUUAUUAUCUUUAACAAUGUUGAAACCAAAAGCAUUGACGCAAGUGCUAAGCCAAGCAAAUACAGGAGGAGUGGAAAACACAUUGCUCUUGAAUCAUCAAGGCGCACUUUUGGCUUACUCUGGUUAUAAUGACAAAGACGCAAGAGUUACAGCAGCGAUCGCGAGCAAUGUCUGGUCGGCGUAUGAAAAACACGGAAGGAAUGUUUUCAAAGAGGACAAACUACAUCUGAUAUUGGUCGACUGCUUAAAUGGAAAAAUAGCCAUCACACAAGUUGCCAAUUUGUUACUGUGCCUUUAUGCCAAAGAAUCUGUAGGCUUUGGUAUUCUAAAGGAAAAGAUAAAUGCUAUAGCACAGUAUCUCGAAGGGCCUUUAAAACAAGUUGCUAGUUCAUAAUAUAUUAAAUUACAUUACCUUAUUAUUCUAAGAUAAGUGUAUUAUAUCAAUUACUGCUUUACAUCUUAUUGUGUGUAUAAAUAAAGCCUAUAAUAUAAAUUGGGUUUAAACUUAAGAAAAUUUAUAGCUUAUAAUGUAAAGUUUAUAUAAUAAAAUUAUUAUACUUAUAAACUGUA